GUUAGCGCAUAUAAUCUCUCCUCAUUUCGGGAAUCAAAUUAUAACUGCAGCAGAAAGACGAUAUAUAUUGUGCAUGGAUAUCAUAAUAAUGGGACUGAUCCCUGGCUGGUUGGUCUGUGUCGGGUCAUUUUACAGAAGUACGACGUGAACUGCAUCUGCGUGGACUGGAGCGGGGGAUCCUUUGCUCUCUAUACGAAGGCGGCAAACAAUGUCCAAGUCGUUGGGGCAGAGAUUGCAUAUUUUAUUAAUGUUACCAUGACUAACUUGAGCUGCCCCCUGGACAAUACAAUCCUCAUCGGGCACAGCCUGGGAGCUCAUGCCGUCGGGGAAGCUGGAAAGAGAAGGCCGGGUGUUCCGGUGAUAAUUGGUCUGGACCCCGCUGGGCCGUUCUUCCAGGAUACUGACCCAGUGGUUCGUCUUGACCCCACGGAUGGUCUAUGUGUUUUCGCUAUCCACACAGAUAGAGGUGUUUUUGGGAUAGACCAAUCAGUGGGGCACAAAGAUUUCUAUCCAAAUGGAGGACGCAAUCAGCCGGGGUGUAGCAUACUGCCGACUGUUAUUGACAUCAUUACCUUAAACAACUUGAGCACUGAGGAUUUUAAUAUUAUUUCGUGCAACCAUGGCGCCAGCUACAAGAUGUUCACAGAAUCAGUCCGCAACUCUGGUGGUUUCAUGGCCUACUGUGCCGACAACUAUCCCUCAUUCGCGGCUGGUGCUGGGUUCCCUUGUCCCAACGGCAGCUGCACACUAAUGGGCUACAAUACAAGAGACGACUGUGCAGCAACCUGCCAGAACUAUUAUCUGAAAACUGGACCUGAACAUGACUAUGAACGCUGGAGAUACAAUGUCACCCUUCAGAUCACCGGUAGCGCAGUCCUCGGAUCUCUACAAGUCACUGUGUGUAAUCCAUCCAAUUGCUCGGAGAACUAUGAGAUAUACAGCGGGGUUAUUGCAGGCGGCAUAUACUCAAAGUUCAUUGAUGCCAGAAUUCCCGGUCCUGUCACUAACGUUACAUUUAUCUGGAAAACAUCAGCUAAUCUCUUGAAACAAAAGCUGGGAGCGCAAUCUGUGACCGUACAGGACGGAAAAGGAACAGUGUACAAGUUCUGUGGUAAUGCGAACACAACAGACAGCGUUCCUCAGACUCUCCACCAUUGUCCAUAAUCCUCUCAGGCAUCACUAUGCUCAGGGCGACAGUAAUAAAGUGAUA